AUGGGCAAGGCUCGACAGCAUAAUACAGUGAAACGCAAGCCACAACCACCACAGGGGGCUGUGAGUGAACUGAUUACUCAAGCAUACGCAAAACUGGAAGCGGGAAAUUUUGCUAAAGCUCUUACUAUUGCAGAGCGUGCGCUUCCCCUUUGCAAUCAGCCAUCUGUGCUUGACUCGCUUGGCGAAAUUUUCAGCGUUGCUGGAGAUUUUCAGAAAGCAACUAGUUGCUAUGCCAAGGCGCUUGGGUACGAUCACCUAACUCAUGCCGCUGGGGUCCGAUACAUGACCCUCUAUGAGAUCACAGGUGAUCCAUCUAAUCUGAAUUCGGCAAUAGGUAUCUUUAGAAAGCACACAAGUACAGAAGAGUCUCGUACCUCGCUAAUAUUAGCUCUGGCAACACUUGCGGAUGCGUAUCUAACUCGUCUUGACCCGCCAGACACUAAGGCCGCGAUCAGGACAGCAAAGGAAGCAAUCAGCAUGAACCCAUCUUUUAUUGAGCCUCAUAUAAGUCUUGCUGGGGCGCACCUUGUAGCAGAAUCAUUCGACCUGGCUGAAAAAGCAGCCUUGUGUGCUCUUGAACUAAUGGAGCAGCGUGGAUUCUACAAAAUUGAGCAGGCGGAGGACGGUUCGGAAGAGAUCACCGUUCAUUCAGAUGAAAAUCAGCCAACACAGCAGUUUCUUCUGGCCCUCUCGCGGAUAUGCGCCGGAGUGGGAAUGUACGAACAGGGUGCCAUGUGCUGCGAUCUAGUACUUGCACAGAACCCUAAAGAUGCCGUUGCACUUCAUGACCUGGCAUGGUGCUAUAACUUGGCAGGAGAAUAUGAAGACGCGAAGGAGGCCCUUCUUCAGGUAAAGGAUAUCUAUCUGGAAGAAAAUGUGGCCGAGGAUCUAAUUGCUGAUAUAGAUGCAAAGAUACAGGCGCUCUCUGCCGAACCAGAACAGGAGUAG